AUGGACUUGGAUUAUGAGAAUGUUUGGCCAACUUGGGAUGAAACGUCGAGGGGCCAGGAGGAAGGUGCUGAUGAAACGUCGAGGGGCCAGGAGGAAGGUGCUGAGUGGGACAGCUACAAGAAGAGUGCGGCAGAGUUCCAGGAGAGGAUCAAGAGGCUGGUUGAGGAUCACGUCGCUGAAAACUUGGAGGCGAGAAGACUGAGGACCUCUGAGGAGACUUACCCUCAGUGGUUGUCUUACCUCACGACCUCCACCAUCACCAACAACCUCCUGAGUCUCACCCACCACCACCACCUACCCUCCACGCCGCCCUCCACGCCGCCCUCAACGCCGCCAUCCACGCCGCCAUCCUCCCAGUCACACACGCCCGGCCACUACCCCUCCUUCGGACAACAGUUCCCGACGGUAUUUUCGGUGUUGCUAAAGUCAAUGAGAGAGAAGUCCCCGGACGACGAAGGUGCAGCUACUGAGGGAGGUGUGCGAGGGGUGGGGGACGUGGCAGAGGUGGUGGAGGAAGGAACUGAGCGACUCCUCCCCUCCGUCAGACGACGCCGUGAAGAUAACGGAGUGAUGUAUUUACCAGUUCGUGGUGGAGGCGGCGGGUCCUCCUGUCCCUCCUACGCCGACACCGUCGCCGCCUCCCUCACCCAGAUGGCCUUCGCUUCUAUGGCCGUCACCGUCUUCAACGCCAUUGCCAACAUCGCCAACAACAUCAACAACAACAAUGACAACAAUAACAUCAACAGCAACAGUAACGUGGCCAACAACAACGCCAACGUCGCCAGCAACAGUAACAACGGUAACCAGGUCAACGUAAUGUUACCUCCGCCAGCACCAGGCAGGAAGCGACGAGACGAUGAAAUUUUUGGAGACCAGGAGGGGCGGGCGGCGAGAUACCAAGCACAGACCCACGUCACCAGUAAAGGUCCUCCAGCUCAAAAGAAACUUGAUCCGGAAAUCCCUGGUCUUGACAGUAUCGAUAAGGUCAGUGCUGUGAGGGCUGGUGUAAGUACAAUAAGAGACAAAGCAACUAAGGUCAAAACCGUGAAGAACAAGCUGGAUAAGAUCACCGUCAAGAAGAUCAAGACGGCCACCACUAUACAAGAGGACCAGAUGAACCACAACAAUAAUGACCCACAGAGGAGCGACCUGGGCUGUGUGUCCCGCAAGGCGUAUGCUCGAGCCUCCGUAGCUACUCUUCACGCCCUCGGCCACCUCCUCACACCCCCGGGAGAGACCAGGAAGGUAAAGAACACAAACUCAGGCGAGAAUGAGAGUCUUAGGCCUCAGACAGACGAUGGAUAUCUAACGGACCCCAACAAUUCAGGGCCCAAAAGUUUCAACUCACCCAAACGACAUCUCAACCCCGAGUUUUUCACCACAGAAUCCAAAAUCAGCUUUUCAACCUCAACCUCGAGAAAGACUGAAGCAAUACCCCAAGAACACCCAAUACAAAGACCAGACUCCUUCAAUAACAAAACUCAUAGAUCUACCUCACUCACCAAAAGGAUCCUACAAUCUAAACACAACACAAACUUAACCCAGCAACACACCACCAACACCACAACACUGCCCCUGGGUGACCAUGACUUAGCAGAGGGGUUGUGUGCAGCUGAGCGUGUGUGUCAGGCCCUCGGAACAACACCAUCACCAGUCCUUCACCACGACGUUCUUCACCACCUGAUCGUGAUGACCAGGUUACGGUACAACAUGUUGGGCCAGGUAUCAUUCUCUCUGCCAGACGUAAGACUACCUCUAGACCUCACCUGCCAGACGCUCACAAGUUACUGCCACGUAGUUACUUGAAGUUAUCGUACUGCUUUAUCUACUGCUUCCAGAGUUAAUGUAUUCAAGUUAAUAAACAUUUA